UAUUAGUAGUGGUUGGUAUUGUGGUGGAAAGUAGGACGAAGGUUCUAUAGUUGCACUACGACAGUUCCUGGCAAAACGAUUCAAACCUUCAACAGUGAAAGUAUUAUUUCGUUUUAGUACCCGCAAAGUGCCGUAUUCUUACCACCCGGUAUCGCGUUUAUCAUAGUUUUUCGCCAUAUUUUAAACCGGUGGUUGACAGUCACUGAAGUUCUCCAACGGAUUUCAGAUACUUUAACGCUCAAAAACCAUACAUCGUAACAUGUAUAUCAAACUUCUUUUCUCGGCGUUUACAAUCACGGCGUUCACGUCGGCACGCCCUCAGCAAUUGCCGUUAUCUCUAGUGCCGCCCAUCCAACAGCAGGGUUUCGUAGCACCACCACAAAACAACGCCAUAAAUCCUUCAAUCAACUCUAUCGGCAAGCCAACCAAUCCAAUUGUGGUGGCCGCGUUCCAGAGGGAGGCUUUGCUGCCCCCACACAUGCAAAAUUCGUUUUACAAAAACCCUAAGAUAGCAGAAAAUUUGGCCCAGAACAGUUGGUUCGGUCCUGGCGAGCAGCACGCUGUAAACAGGGAAACGGAAAAGAUCCCAAGAGAGAAAAUCUUUCUCAUUCUAAAAAACGCAGGACUUUUGCCCACGCCUUGACUGGGCAUCAUUAAUGAACAUGAUUAUAAUUAUUUAAUACUAGAAUAAGAUAAUGCGUUAAAUUAACUGUACAUAUUUUGAUCACAUCUUUUUCCCGAAUCAAACGUUAUAUUCGUGUUUUUGUAUAUUUUUUCCACUGGAUUAUAUUUUUAAUCAUAGUAAAAUACGGUGUGUUUAAUAAACAUAUAUUUUUUUUAUUAUAAAUACUGUAUAACGACGUUAUUAUUAACGAUAAUUAUGACGUAAUUACAUCACAUCGUGUAUGUGUGUGUACAUUGUAUUUUGUAAAUAAAAAAUAAUUAUUGUAACAUUAUAUUACAAUAAAUCAUUAUAUUUUAUCUUUGUUUUUGUAA